CAAGAGCCCCGCGCCGAGUUUCGACGCCUGGCCCCGUCGUUCUGUCUCCGGCGCACCCGCAGCAUGGACGACGCGCCAGCUGUCGACGACGAGCCGGCCGUGAGCGAGGAGCUGGCCGCGAACGACGAGCCGGGCGUCCGCCGCACGAGCGCCCGGCGCGUGCCCCCGUCGCCGCUGCUGCCGGAGCACCCGGCGGCGCUGCCGGUGCCGCUGCCGGCGCCGGCAGCGGCCGGCCCAGGCCAGCGCCGACUGGAGCCGGCGCCGCCGAGCGGCUCUUGCUUCGACGAGGUCUUGGAGGGCGUGCGCGAGCUGUUGCGCGGCCAGCGGCUGCUGGAGCAGCUGGUGUCUGGCUUCGUCGCGCAGGGCGGCGGCGUCGCGGCCGUCGCCGCCGUCGGCGUCGGACCGGCGGCGCCUCUGGAGGACAGCGCGGAGGAGAAGGACGGCGCGGAGCGGUCAUCAGGCCCGUGAGCGGCAAGCCUGCGGGGCGCUCCGGGGAGCGCCUCGCCCCGUGCGCGCCCCCCGCGCCCACGGGGGCAGGCCGGCCGAAGGCUGGCAGGAGGGGGAGCGGCGGCGGCACCGCCGGCGGAGGGCGGCGAGGCGUCCACGCGUUAGGCGGGCUACAGCGCCCCGCCGCGGGGCGCUGCGGAGCCCUUACUGAGAGGGUCCUGAAAAGACGUCCGCGCGCGUGUGCGGGCAACAUGUGUGUCCAUAUCCGGGGGCGUCUUGGGCUUUCGCGGGGGGGGGG